CACCCAUCCCGGGCUGAGAGUUACAAGAGCCCAGCCCUAGACUGGGUGCUGCCCACUCGGUGCGCUCCUGCGGCAGGGAUACCACGCGAGAGAGCCUGCUCGCCGGGGCUCAGCUACCGCCUCCAGGAAUCCAGGACAGGAUCGGGGUCUGGGCAGAAGCAGCGACCGGGACGACGCCGGGCAUGGCCGUGCCGGGCAGCUGAAGGCCACGGACCCGCAGGUUGGGAAGUUGGAAGAAACAUUACCAAAGGAUUGGCAAGUGACGAGAAGGGAAUUCCUGGGGCGGUUCCGGCCUGGACCAAAGUCCUAGAAAGAUGGAGAAGGAGGAAGAAGAGACCCGGGAGAUUCUGCUCCCCGACUGGGAAGGCAUUGGCUCUCGCGGACUUACCAUCGACCAGACGAACGAAGGCGUUUUCGUGAAACAGGUUCAACAGGACUCACCCGCUGCCAAAGCAGGCAUUGUGAAAGAAGGGGAUCAGAUCGUGAGUGCCACAAUCUACUUCGACAACCUGCAGUCCGGGGAAGUCACAGAGCUCCUGAAGAACGUGGGCCACCACACUGUUGGCCUUCGGCUGCAGAGGAAAGGCGACCGGUCUCCAUUGCCAGGACAGUCUUGGUCCCAUGAUGUCUUUGCCUCAAGGAGUCCAGAGGUUGUUUUGAGCGGAGAUGACGAAGAGUACAAACGGAUUUAUACCACAAAAAUCAAGCCUCGCCUUAAAUCGGAAGAUGGCAUGGAAGUUGAGCACACAGGAACCCAAAGCAGAACCAUCACAGUCACCAAGAGAGUUACUGCUUACACUGUCGACGUCACAGGUCAUGAGGGAGCCAAAGAGAUUGACAUCAGCAGCCCGGAGUUUAAAAUCAAGAUUCCAAAACAUGAACUCACCCACAUUUCCAAAGCUGAGAUUGAAACAGAACCUGGGAAAACUGUCAUCAAGAUCCCACACGUUGACUUGUCAGGGAGAACAGCUACCCAGAUAACAGACUCCCACGCUGGGGUGAGAGGAAGACCUGACAUUACGUAUACCGGACCAACUAUUGAGUCACCCUCUCAGAGGUUGGAGUUUGGUGUUCCUGGCAUCCACAUGGAACAGCCUAAGGUUGGGAAAACUGAUAUUCGAAUAUUUGGGCCUCAUGUCACAGGUGUAGAUCUGAGAACCCAGACUGACUUUAUACCAGGAGGCCAGGAAGCUGGUUUCCAUGUUACAACGCCGGAAGUGAAUGGGAAAGGAGGUCGGGGUAAAAUCCAAGGUGAUGUGGGAGGGCUGCAAGCUGAUUUAUCAUUGCCCCACCUCAAGGGUCCUUCAGUUGGUAUUUUGGGACCCCAAAUUCAAGGUGAUCUGAAAGGUCCAAAAGUGGACAUCCCCAGUGCCAGUGUCGAAGGCAACAUUAAAUCUCCAGAUAUCAACACUGGAAGCACAGGAAAGGUGGCGUUUCCUGCAAUGAAAAUGCCCAAAUUUGGUAUAUCCUCUUCAGUUUCUGAUGUUGAUGUUCCUCAGCUUGAUGCAGUUGCUCCAUCGGCUUCAAUAAAAGGCCCAGAAGUGUCCUUGAAAGGCUCCAAAUGGGCCAUGGGAGAACCUGGAAUUCCACAACCACAGAUGGACGUGGGCCUGAAAGGUGUGGACUUGAAGGGUGCCCUGAAGACCACCUCUCCAACAUUGGAAGGCCCCAAGGUGGAUAUCAAAGGGCCUUCGGUGGAUCUUGGGGCUCCAGAUGUCGGUCUUGAAGGGGGCGAAGGAAAACUUAAAAUACCCCACAUGAAACUUCCUAAAUUUUCUGCACCAGACCCUGCAGUGACUGUGACUGUUCCAAAAGGGGGACUUAACAUCUCAGGACCUAAAGUGGAUUUGCAAGCUCCUGACGUGACCCUUGAAACACACGUGAAAGGACCCAGAUAUGGCAAGUCUGAAAUAGCUGGUCAGACACCCCAAAUUUCUAUGUCAGAUGUUGACUUGAAUCUCAGGGGCCCUAAAGGGAAAGGCGCCAUGGACAUUUCAGGGCCAAGGGUGGAAGGCCACUUAAAAGGGCCUGGAAUGAAUAUUAAGGGUCCCAAACUAGAUAUUGAAACUGCCAACGUUGAUCUGAAAGGUCCAAAAGUCUCAAUGCCGUCCAUGCAAACAUCACCAGUAAAAGUCACUGUGCCAGAUGUGGACUUGAAUGUCCAAGGGCCAAACCUAAAGGGCGAUGUGGCUGUUUCUGUGCCAAAGAUAGAAGGCGGCCUCAAGGGGCCCCAGAUGGAUCUAAAAGGCCCCAAAGUAGACAUAGCUGCACCUGACAUUGGUAUCAAAGGCCCUGGAGGACAACUGAAGGGUCCUCAUGUCAAGAUGCCUGAAAUGCAUGUUAAGGCUCCUCAAAUUUCCAUCCCAGACAUUGACCUGAAUCUGAAAGGCUCCAAAGUCAAGGGAGGUGUCAAUGUUUCCAUUCCAAAAGUAGGAGGAGAAUUAAAGGGCCCAGCUGUGGACAUCACGGGCCCCAAAUUGGACAUUGGAACACCAGAUGUCGAACUUCACGGACCUGAACUCAAAAUGCCAAAGAUGAAAUUGCCCAAGUUUGGCGUGAAAGGAGAAGUUCCUGAUGUGGAUGUCAGUCUUCCAAAGGGAAGCAUCGAUGUUUCAGCUCCAAAUGUAGACAUUGAAGCUCCCACCUUCAAUAUCAAAGGUCCUAGAGGACAACUGAAGGGCCCCCAUGUCAAGAUGCCAGAAAUGCAUGUUAAGACCCCUCAAAUAUCCAUGCCGGACAUUGACAUGAAUCUGAAAGGCCCCAAAGUCAAGGGGGCCCCCCAAAUAUCCAUGCCAGACAUUGACAUGAAUCUGAAAGGCCCCAAAGUCAAGGGGGGUGUUGAUGUUUCAAUCCCCAAAGUGGAAGGAGAAUUAAAGGGCCCAGCUGUGGACAUCAAGGGCCCCAAAUUGGACAUUGGAACACCAGAUGUCGAACUUCACGGACCUGAACUCAAAAUGCCAAAGAUGAAAUUGCCCAAGUUUGGCGUGAAAGGUGAAGUGCCUGAUGUGGAUGUCAGUCUUCCAAAGGGAAGCAUGGAUGUUUCAGGUCCAAAUGUAGACAUUGAAGCUCCCACCUUCAACAUCAAAGGUCCUGGAGGACAACUGAAAGGUCCCCAUGUCAAGAUGCCAGAAAUGCAUGUUAAGACCCCACAAAUAUCCAUGCCAGACAUUGACCUGAAUGUGAAAGGUCCCAAAGUCAAGGGAGGUGUCGACGUUUCCAUCCCAAAAGUGGAAGGAGAAUUAAAGGGCCCAGCUGUGGACAUUAAAGGCCCCAAAUUGGAUGUUGGAACACCAGAUGUCGAACUUCACGGACCUGAACUCAAAAUGCCAAAGAUGAAAUUGCCCAAGUUUGGCGUGAAAGGAGAAGUUCCUGAUGUGGAUGUCAGUCUUCCAAAGGGAAGCAUGGAUGUUUCAGGUCCAAAUGUAGACAUUGAAGCUCCCACCUUCAACAUCAAAGGUCCUGGAGGACAACUGAAGGGCCCCCAUGUCAAGAUGCCAGAAAUGCAUGUUAAGACCCCGCAAAUAUCCAUGCCAGACAUUGACCUGAAUCUGAAAGGCCCCAAAGUCAAGGGAGGUGUCGACGUUUCCAUCCCAAAAGUGGAAGGAGAAUUAAAGGGCCCAGCUGUGGACAUCACGGGCCCCAAAUUGGACAUUGGAACACCAGAUGUCGAACUUCACGGACCUGAACUCAAAAUGCCAAAGAUGAAAUUGCCCAAGUUUGGCGUGAAAGGUGAAAUGCCUGAUGUGGAUGUCAGUCUUCCAAAGGGAAGUAUCGAUGUUUCAGCUCCAAAUGUAGACAUUGAAGCUCCCACCUUCAACAUCAAAGGUCCUGGAGGACAACUGAAAGGUCCCCAUGUCAAGAUGCCAGAAAUGCAUGUUAAGACCCCACAAAUAUCCAUGCCAGACAUUGACCUGAACUUGAAAGGCCCCAAAGUCAAGGGGGGUGUUGAUGUUUCAAUCCCAAAAGUAGAAGGAGAAUUAAAGGGCCCAGCUGUGGACAUCAAAGGCCCCAAAUUGGACAUUGGAACACCAGAUGUCGAACUUCACGGACCUGAACUCAAAAUGCCAAAGAUGAAAUUGCCCAAGUUUGGUGUGAAAGGAGAAGUUCCUGAUGUGAAUGUCAGUCUUCCAAAGGGAAGCGUCGAUGUUUCAGCUCCAAAGGUGGACACUGAAGCUCCUGGAUUAGACAUUGAAGGACCAGAAGGCAGAAUAAAAGGUCCUAAAUUCAAGAUGCCUGAAAUGCAUAUUAAAACUCCUCAGAUCUCCAUGCCGGACAUCGAUUUGAACUUGAAAGGGCCUAAAGUGAAAGGGGACUUUGAUGUUUCUGUGCCGAAAUUAGAAGGUGGCUUAAAAGGUCCUGCAAUUGAUAUCAAGGGGCCCCAAGUAGACAUUGAUGUGCCCGACGUUGACCUUCAUGGUCCUGAAGGAAAAUUGAAGAUGCCCAAAAUGAAAAUGCCCAAAUUUGGAAUGCCUGGUUUCAAAGGGGAAAGCCCUGGCAUGGAUGUUAGUCUUCCAAAGGGUGACAUUAGUAUAUCAGGUCCCAAAGUAGACGUUGAAGCUCCUGGACUGGACAUUGAAGGACCCGAAGGCAAAAUUAAAGGCCCCAAAUUUAAGAUGCCAGAGAUGAACAUCAAAGCACCCAAAAUCUCCAUGCCUGAUGUGGAUUUCAACCUCAAAGGCCCCAAACUGAAAGGAGAUGUGGAUGUUUCCCUACCAAAGGUUGAAGGUGAUUUGAAGGGCCCAGAAAUUGACAUCAAAGGUCCCAAGCUGGAUAUUGAUGCUCCAGAUGUUGACCUCCAUGGCCCAGAAGGAAAACUGAAAAUGCCAAAAUUCAAAAUGCCCAAAUUUGGAAUGCCAAGCUUCAAAGCAGAAGGUCCAGAGGUGGAUGUAAAUCUUCCAAAAGCAGACGUUGAUCUUUCUGCUCCCAAAGUAGACAUUGAAGCACCAGCCUUGGACAUUGAAGGCCCAGAAGGAAAACUGAAAGGGCCCAAGUUUAAGAUGCCUGAACUGAAUAUCCAUGCACCCAAGAUAUCAAUGCCAGAUGUAGAUUUCAAUCUGAAAGGGCCAAAACUGAAGGGAGAUGUGGAUAUCUCUGGGCCAAAGAUAGAAGGUGACCUGAAAGGACCCAAGGUCAAUAUUGAGGGUCCUAACUUGGAUGUUGAUGUCCCAGAUGUGGAAUUGGAGGGUCCUGAAGGAAAAAUCAAAGGUUCCAGAUUCAAGAUGCCAAAACUCAAUAUUAAAUCUCCUAAAAUUUCCAUGCCAGAUGUCGACUUGAAUCUCAAGGCCCCCAAAAUGAAGGGUGAAAUGGAUGUGUCUGUCCCAAAGAUUGAGGGUGAUAUGAAAGGACCCAGCAUUGACAUCAAGGGCCCCAAACUUGAUGUGGAUCUCCCAGAUGUUGACCUGGAAGGCCCAGAUGCUAAAAUUAAGAUGCCCAAGAUGAAGCUGCCCAAGUUUGGGGUGCCUGGCUUCAAAGGGGAAGGCCCUGAUGUUGACGUGAGCCUCCCUAAAGCAGACAUUGAUGUUUCGGGACCAAAACUGAAUGCUGAUAUGCCAAGCAUAGACAUCGAAGGUCCAGAGGGAAAACUGAAAGGUCCCAAGUUCAAAAUGCCUGAAAUGCAUUUCAAGACACCCAAAAUCUCCAUGCCGGAUAUUGACUUAAACUUGAAAGGUCCCAGAGCGAGAGGGGAGAUGGAUGUAACUGUCCCAAAUAUUGAAGGCAAUUUGAAAGGACCCCAAAUGGAUAUCAAGGGCCCCAAAGUGGAUAUUGAAGCUCCAGAUAUUGACAUUGAAGGCCCUGAAGGAAAAUGGAAGAGUCCGAAGUUUAAGAUGCCCGAAAUGCACAUCAAGGCUCCAAAAAUCUCCAUGCCAGAUGUUGAUUUGAAUCUGAAAGGUCCCAAAAUCAAGGGUGAUGUGGAUGUUUCAGUCCCCAAACUUGAAGGAGACUUGAAAGGCCCAGAAUUUGAUAUCAAAGGACCAAAAUUGGAUAUUGACAUGCCAGAUGUUGAUCUCCAUGGGCCAGAGGGAAAACUGAAGAUGCCCAAAUUCAAAAUGCCCAAAUUUGGAAUGCCAGGCUUCAAAGGGGAAGGCCCAGAUGUUGACGUGAGCCUCCCCAAAGCUGACAUUGAUGUUUCUGUUCCAAAAGUUGACAUUGAUGCUCCAAGCUUGGACAUUGAAGGCCCAGAAGGAAAAGUGAAAGGGCCUAGAUUUAGGAUGCCUGACAUGCACUUCAAAGCUCCAAAGAUCUCUCUGCCAGAUGUUGACUUGAACCUGAAAGGCCCUAAAGUGAAGGGAGAGUAUGAUGUUACAGUUCCAAAGCUGGAAGGUGACUUGAAAGGUCCAGACUUCAACAUUAAGGGUCCUAAGCUAGACAUAGAUGCUCCUGAUGUUGACAUUGAAGGCCCUGAAGGAAAAUGGAAGAGUCCGAAGUUUAAAAUGCCUGAAAUGCACAUCAAGGCUCCAAAAAUCUCCAUGCCAGAUGUUGAUUUGAAUCUGAAAGGUCCCAAAAUCAAGGGUGAUGUGGAUGUUUCAGUCCCCAAACUUGAAGGAGACUUGAAAGGCCCAGAAUUUGAUAUCAAAGGACCCAAAUUGGACAUUGACAUGCCUGAUGUUGAUCUCCAUGGACCUGAAGGCAAAUUGAAGAUGCCCAAAUUCAAAAUGCCCAAAUUUGGAAUGCCCGGAUUCAAAGGAGAAGGCCCAGAUGUUGAUGUGAGCCUCCCCAAAGCAGACAUUGAUGUUUCUGUUCCAAAAGUUGAUGUUGAUGCACCAAGCCUGGACAUUGAAGGCCCAGAAGGGAAAGUGAAAGGGCCCAGAUUUAAGAUGCCUGACAUGCACUUCAAAGCACCCAAAAUCUCCAUGCCAGAUGUUGAUUUCAAUUUGAAAGGCCCUAAACUGAAGGGAGAUGUUGACGUUUCGGUUCCAAAGCUGGAAGGUGACCUGAAAGGCCCAGAUGUGGAUAUCAAGGGUCCCAAACUAGAUGUUGACCUUCCUGAUGUUGAGCUUGAAGGUCCUGAAGGAAAACUCAGAGGUCCCAAGUUUAAGAUGCCUGACAUGCACUUUAAGGCACCCAAAAUCUCCAUGCCAGAUUUUGACUUGAACUUGAAAGGGCCGAAAGUGAAGGGGGAUGUGGAUGUUUCGGUGCCGAAGUUGGAAGGUGAUCUGAAAGGCCCCAAUAUUGACAUUAAAGGGCCAGGAUUGGAAAUUGAUGCUCCAGAUGUUGACAUUGAAGGUCCAGAAGGAAAGUGGAAGAGCCCCAAAUUUAAGAUGCCAGAAGUGCACAUUAAAACACCUAAGAUAUCCAUGCCUGACAUUGAUUUGAACCUAAGGGGUCCCAAAGUAAAAGGCGAUCUGGAUGUGUCUGUGCCAAAGUUGGAAGGGGACUUGAAAGGCCCGGAGGUGGAUCUCAAAGGGCCCAAAUUGGACAUUGACGUUCCUGAUGUUGACCUAGAAGGACCUGAAGGGAAGCUAAAGGGCCCCAAAUUCAAAAUGCCUGAAAUGCAUAUCAAAGCUCCCAAAAUCUCCAUGCCAGAUUUAGACCUGGGUUUGAAAGGACCCAAAGUGAAGGGGGAUGUGGAUGUUUCAGUGCCAAAGUUGGAAGGUGAUCUGAAAGGCCCUGAUGUCAACAUCAAAGGUCCUAAAGUUGGCGUAGAUAUUCCUGAUGUUGAAAUUGAAGGACCUGAAGGAAAACUCAAAGGGCCCAAAUUUAAGAUGCCAGAAAUGCAUUUUAAUGUCCCUAAGAUCUCCAUGCCGGACAUUGAUUUGAACUGGAGGGGUCCCAAAAUAAAAGGAGAUGCUGAUGUUUCUGUUCCUAAAUUGGAGGGUGACUUGAAGGGCCCAAAUGUUGACAUCAAGGGUCCCAAAUUGGAUGUUGACAUCCCUGAUGUUGAGCUUGAAGGCCCUGAAGGAAAACUCAAAGGGCCCAAAUUUAAGAUGCCUGAAAUGAACAUCAAAGCACCCAAAAUCUCUAUGCCAGAUUUUGACCUGAACCUGAAGGGUCCCAAACUGAAGGGGGAUGUUGAUGUUUCUUUGCCAAAGGUAGAGGGGGAUCUGAAAGGACCAGAUGUUGAUAUCAAAGGUCCCAAAUUAGAUAUUGAUGCUCCUGACUUCAGUAUAGAUGGUCCAGAGGGAAAAGUGAAAGGUCCCAAGUUUAAGAUGCCUGACAUGCACUUCAAAGCACCCAAAAUCUCCAUGCCAGAUGUUGAUUUCAAUUUGAAAGGCCCUAAACUGAAGGGAGAUGUUGACCUUUCAGUUCCAAAGCUGGAAGGUGACCUGAAAGGCCCAGAUGUGGAUAUUAAGGGUCCCAAACUAGAUGUUGACCUUCCUGAUGUUGAGCUUGAAGGUCCUGAAGGAAAACUCAGAGGUCCCAAGUUUAAGAUGCCUGACAUGCAUUUUAAGACCCCCAAAAUCUCCAUGCCAGAUUUUGACUUGAACUUGAAAGGUCCCAAAGUGAAGGGGGAUGUGGAUGUUUCGGUGCCAAAGUUGGAAGGUGAUCUGAAGGGCCCCGAAAUUGAUAUCAAAGGACCCAAACUUGACGUAGAUGUUCCUGAUGUUGAACUUGAAGGCCCAGAAGGAAAAUGGAAAAGCCCUAAAUUUAAGAUGCCUGAAAUGAACAUCAAAGCGCCCAAAAUCUCCAUGCCUGAUGUGGAUUUCAACCUCAAAGGCCCCAAACUGAAAGGAGAUGUGGACGUUUCCCUACCAAAGGUUGAAGGUGAUUUGAAGGGUCCAGAAAUAGACAUUAAAGGUCCCAAGCUGGAUAUUGAUGUUCCAGAUGUUGACCUCCAUGGCCCAGAAGGAAAACUGAAAAUGCCCAAAUUCAAAAUGCCCAAAUUUGGAAUGCCUGGCUUCAAGGCAGAGGGCCCUGAACUGGAUGUAAAUCUCCCAAAGGGAGACAUUGAUAUAUCUGCUCCCAAGGUGGACAUUGAAGGCCCUGAGUUAGACAUUGAAGGUCCAGACGGUAAAAUUAAAGGCCCCAAGUUUAAGAUGCCAGAAAUGCACAUCAAAGCGCCAAAGCUUUCCAUGCCAGAUGUGGAUCUUAAUUUGAAGGGUCCAAAACUGAAAGGAGAUGUGGAUGUUUCUCUGCCAAAGGUCGAAGGUGGAUUGAAAGGGCCUGACAUUGACAUCAAAGGCCCCCAAUUGGACAUUGACGCACCAGAUGUUGACUUGCACGGUCCGGAGGGCAAACUCAAAAUGCCCAAGUUUAAAAUGCCCAAAUUUGGAAUGCCUGGUUUCAAGGGAGAAGGCCCUUCCAUGGAUGUGAGCUUACCUAAGGGAGAAGUGGAUAUAUCUGGCCCCAGCCUAGACAUUGAAACACCCGAUUUGGAAAUCGAAGGCCCUGAAGGAAAAUUAAGGGGUCCCAAGUUUAAGAAGCCUGAAAUUAAUUUUAAUGUUCCAAAGAUCUCAAUGCCAGACAUUGACUUGAAUUUGAAAGGUCCUAAAUUAAAGGGAGACUUGGAAGGCGAUAUCAAAGGUCCUAAUGUUGAAUUAAAAGGACCUGAAGUUGACUUAGAAGCACCAAAGAUAGAUAUUGAAGCGAAAACAAAGAAAUCAAGAUUUAAGCUUCCAAAGUUCAGUUUUUCUGGUCCAAAGGUUCACACUCCAGAGGUUGACGUGAAGCUUAAGAAACCAGAUGUUAAUAUCUCAGGGCCCAAAGUUGAUGUCCAAGGCCCAGAUGUUGAUGUUCAUGGAAAAGUGAAAGGCCCUAAAUUUAAAAUGCCUUCCCUGAAUAUUUCAUCACCUAAAGUUUCAAAGCCUGAUGUGGAAUUGAAUUUGAAAGGUCCAAAAUUAAAAGGUGACCUUGAUGUUUCUGCACCAAGCCUGGAAGGGGAUUUGAAAGGUCCUGACAUAGAUAUCAAAGGCCCCAAGUUAGACAUUGAUGUUCCAGAUGUUGAUCUCCAUGGACCAGAAGGCAAACUCAAAAUGCCCAAAUUCAAAAUGCCCAAAUUUGGAGUGCCAGGCUUAAAGGCAGAGGGUCCUGAGGUAGAUAUAAACCUUCCCAAAGCAGACAUUGAUGUAUCAGGACCCAAAGUGGACAUUGAAACUCCCGACUUGGAUAUAGAAGGCCCAGAGGGCAAGAUCAAAGGUCCCAAAUUAAAGAUGCCUGACAUGCACUUCAAAGCACCCAAAAUCUCCAUGCCAGAUGUUGAUUUCAAUUUGAAAGGCCCUAAACUGAAGGGAGAUGUUGACCUUUCGGUUCCAAAGCUGGAAGGUGACCUGAAAGGCCCAGAUGUGGAUAUCAAGGGGCCAAAAGUAGAUGUUGAUCUUCCUGAUGUUGAGCUUGAAGGUCCUGAAGGAAAACUCAGAGGUCCCAAGUUUAAGAUGCCUGACAUGCACUUCAAAGCACCCAAAAUCUCCAUGCCAGAUGUUGAUUUCAAUUUGAAAGGCCCUAAACUGAAGGGAGAUGUUGACCUUUCAGUUCCAAAGCUGGAAGGUGACCUGAAAGGCCCAGAUGUGGAUAUUAAGGGUCCCAAACUAGAUGUUGACCUUCCUGAUGUUGAGCUUGAAGGUCCUGAAGGAAAACUCAGAGGUCCCAAGUUUAAGAUGCCUGACAUGCAUUUUAAGACCCCCAAAAUCUCCAUGCCAGAUUUUGACUUGAACUUGAAAGGUCCCAAAGUGAAGGGGGAUGUGGAUGUUUCGGUGCCAAAGUUGGAAGGUGAUCUGAAGGGCCCCGAAAUUGAUAUCAAAGGACCCAAACUUGACGUAGAUGUUCCUGAUGUUGAACUUGAAGGCCCAGAAGGAAAAUGGAAAAGCCCUAAAUUCAAGAUGCCUGAAAUGAACAUCAAAGCACCCAAAAUCUCCAUGCCUGAUGUGGAUUUCAACCUCAAAGGCCCCAAACUGAAAGGAGAUGUGGACGUUUCCCUACCAAAGGUUGAAGGUGAUUUGAAGGGUCCAGAAAUAGACAUCAAAGGUCCCAAGCUGGAUAUUGAAGCUCCAGAUGUUGACCUCCAUGGCCCAGAAGGAAAACUGAAAAUGCCAAAAUUCAAAAUGCCAAAAUUUGGAAUGCCAAGCUUCAAAGCAGAAGGUCCAGAGGUGGAUGUAAAUCUUCCAAAAGCAGACAUUGACCUUUCUGCUCCCAAAGUAGACAUUGAAGGACCAGGCUUGGACAUCGAAGGCCCAGAAGGAAAAGUGAAAGGUCCCAAGUUUAAAAUGCCGGACAUGCACUUCAAAGCACCCAAAAUCUCCAUGCCAGAUGUUGAUUUCAAUUUGAAAGGCCCUAAACUGAAGGGAGAUGUUGACCUUUCGGUUCCAAAGCUGGAAGGUGACCUGAAAGGCCCAGAUGUGGAUAUCCAGGGUCCCAAACUAGAUGUUGACCUUCCUGAUGUUGAGCUUGAAGGUCCUGAAGGAAAACUCAGAGGUCCCAAGUUUAAGAUGCCUGACAUGCACUUUAAGGCACCCAAAAUCUCCAUGCCAGAUUUUGAUCUAAAUCUCAAAGGGCCGAAAGUGAAGGGUGACGUGGAUGUGUCUGUACCGAAGUUUGAAGGUGAUCUGAAGGGGCCCGACGUCGAUAUUAAAGGGCCGAAAUUAGAUGUAGAUGUUCCUGAUGUUGAACUCGAAGGCCCAGAAGGAAAAUGGAAAAGCCCUAAAUUCAAGAUGCCUGAAAUGAACAUCAGAGGACCUAAAAUCUCCAUGCCUGAUGUGGAUUUCAACCUCAAAGGCCCUAAACUGAAAGGAGAUGUGGAUGUUUCCCUACCAAAGCUUGAAGGUGAUUUGAAGGGUCCAGAAAUUGACAUCAAAGGUCCCAAGCUGGAUAUUGAUGCUCCGGACGUCGACCUCCAUGGCCCAGAAGGAAAACUGAAAAUGCCAAAAUUCAAAAUGCCCAAAUUUGGAAUGCCAAGCUUCAAAGCAGAAGGUCCAGAGGUGGAUGUAAAUCUUCCAAAAGCAGACAUUGAUGUUUCUCUGCCGAAAGUGGACAUUGAUGCACCAAGCCUGGACAUUGAAGGCCCAGAAGGAAAAGUGAAAGGUCCCAAGUUUAAGAUGCCGGACAUGCACUUCAAAGCACCCAAAAUCUCCAUGCCAGAUUUUGAUUUGAACUUGAAAGGGCCGAAAGUGAAGGGGGAUGUGGAUGUUUCAGUGCCGAAGUUGGAAGGUGAUCUGAAGGGCCCCGAAAUUGAUAUCAAAGGGCCGAAAUUAGAUGUAGAUAUUCCAGAUGUUGAACUUGAAGGCCCAGAUGGAAAAUGGAAAAGCCCUAAAUUCAAGAUGCCUGAAAUGAACAUCAAAGCACCCAAAAUCUCCAUGCCUGAUGUGGAUUUCAACCUCAAAGGCCCCAAACUGAAAGGUGAUGUGGACGUUUCCCUACCCAAGGUUGAAGGUGAUUUGAAGGGUCCAGAAAUAGACAUCAAAGGUCCCAAACUGGAUAUUGAUGCUCCGGACGUCGACCUCCAUGGCCCAGAAGGAAAACUGAAAAUGCCAAAAUUCAAAAUGCCCAAAUUUGGAAUGCCUAGCUUCAAGGCAGAGGGCCCAGAUGUGGAUGUGAGCCUCCCCAAAGCAGACCUUGAUGUUUCUCUUCCGAAGGUGGACAUUGAUGCACCAAGCCUAGACAUUGAAGGCCCAGAAGGAAAAGUGAAAGGUCCCAGAUUUAAGAUGCCUGACAUGCACUUCAAAUCACCCAAAAUCUCCAUGCCAGAUGUUGAUUUCAAUUUGAAAGGCCCUAAACUGAAGGGAGAUGUUGACCUUUCGGUUCCAAAGCUGGAAGGUGACCUGAAAGGCCCAGAUGUGGAUAUCCAGGGUCCCAAACUAGAUGUUGACCUUCCUGAUGUUGAGCUUGAAGGUCCUGAAGGAAAACUCAGAGGUCCCAAGUUUAAGAUGCCUGACAUGCACUUUAAGGCACCCAAAAUCUCCAUGCCAGAUUUUGAUCUAAAUCUCAAAGGGCCGAAAGUGAAGGGUGACGUGGAUGUGUCUGUACCGAAGUUUGAAGGUGAUCUGAAGGGGCCCGAUGUCGAUAUUAAAGGGCCGAAAUUAGAUGUAGAUGUUCCUGAUGUUGAACUCGAAGGCCCAGAAGGAAAAUGGAAAAGCCCUAAAUUCAAGAUGCCGGACAUGCAUUUCAAGGCACCUAAAAUCUCCAUGCCAGAUAUGAAUCUAAACUUGAAAGGGCCUAAACUUAAAGGUGAUGUGGAUGUUUCCGUCCCAGAAUUUGAAGGGGAUCUAAGAGGGCCUGAAAUAGAUAUCAAAGGUCCUAAGAUAGAUGCUCCUGACAUUGACAUUGAGGGACCUGAUGGAAAACUGAAAGGACCUAAAUUUAAGAUGCCUGAGAUGAACAUCAAAGCACCAAAAUUAUCCAUGCCAGAUGUAGACCUCAACUUGAAGGGCCCAAAACUGAAGGGAGAUGUGGAUGUAUCUCUUCCCAAGAUUGGAGGUGAUUUGCAAGCACCAGAUGUGGAUAUACAUGGCCCUAAGCUGGAUGUUUCGGUUCCUGAUGUUGAGCUUGAAUGCCCUGAAGGAAAACUUAAAGGCCCCAAGUUUAAGAUGCCUGAUAUGCAUUUUAAGACCCCCAAAAUCUCCAUGCCAGAUUUUGACUUGAACUUGAAAGGUCCCAAAGUGAAGGGGGAUGUGGAUGUUUCGGUGCCAAAGUUGGAAGGGGAUCUGAAGGGCCCUGAAAUUGAUAUCAAAGGACCCAAACUUGACGUAGAUGUUCCUGAUGUUGAACUUGAAGGCCCAGAAGGAAAAUGGAAAAGCCCUAAAUUCAAGAUGCCUGAAAUGAACAUCAAAGCGCCCAAAAUCUCCAUGCCUGAUGUGGAUUUCACCCUCAAAGGCCCCAAACUGAAAGGAGAUGUGGAUGUUUCCCUACCAAAGGUUGAAGGUGAUUUCAAGGGUCCAGAAAUUGACAUCAAAGGCCCUCAAUUGGACAUUGAUGCUCCCAAUGUUGAUAUUCAUGGUCCAGACGGAAAGGUGAAAUUCCCCAAGAUGAAGCUGCCCAAAUUUGGCAUGCCUGAGUUCAAAGGGGAAGGACCUCAUAUCGAUGUAAAUGUACCCAAGGGUGAAUUGGAAUUAUCAGGCCCCAGCUUGAACAUAGAAGGACCAGAAGGAAAACUGAAGGGUCCCAAACUCAAAACACCUCAAAUAUCCAUGCCAGAGAUUGACUUAAAUCUGAAGGGACCUAAAGUGAAGGGUGAUGUUGAUGUCGCUCUUCCCAAGGUUGAAGGCAGCUUAAAAGGUCCAGGAAUUGAUAUUCAAGGGCCAGGAAUUGAAGCUAAGGGCCCUGAGAUUGACUUGGAGUGUCCAGAUGUAAACCUUGAAGGGCCAGAGGGAAACGUUAAACUCCCUAAAUUUAAAAUGCCAAAGUUUGGAUUUGGAGCAAAAAGCCCCAAGGCAGACGUCUCCCUCCCAGAAGGUGAGCUGAAUGUUGAAUCGCCUGACAUCUCCAUUUCUGGAAAAGGGAAGAAAAGCAAAUUCAAAAUGCCUAAAAUCCACAUGAGCGGGCCUAAAGUCAAAGGCAAGAAGGCUGGCUUUGCUGUGAGUGGAGAUAUGGAUGCAAGUAUGAAAUCGCCAGAUUUGGAAGGAAGCAUUUCUGUCCCUGAAGCAUCCCUGAAAGGAGACAUGAACAUCAAGUCACCCAAAGGAAAGAAGUCUAUGUUUGGGAAACUCUCUUUUCCUGACGUCGAGUUUGAUAUCAAAUCACCUAUGUUCAAGGCUGAUGCUUCUUUGCCAAAGGUGGAAGGGGAAAUCAAGUCACCAGGAAUAGAUGUCUCAUCACCAUCUCUGAAAUCUCCAGAUCUUGACAUCACAGUUCCCAGCGGAAGUGCCAGCCUCCCCGAUGUCAAUAUUGGAGGUCCUGACAUCCAUCUCAAGAAGCCAAAGUUCAAAUUCUCAGGUGGAAAUGUCGAUCUGGCUGGUCCCAAACUGGAAGGAGACCUUCGAGGCCCUAGUGUUGAUGCCAACCUCAGCGCGCCUGACAUCAGCCUGAAAGGUCCAUCAGUGAACCUGCCAUCCAUGGGUGUUUCUGCUCCUUCCAUGUCAGCCCCUGACAUUAACUUGAAAGGACCAAAGCUGAAAGGUGAUAUUGACCUUCCCCAGAUGGAAGGACAAGGCCUAGAAGGGAAAUUGAAAAUGCCAAAAUUUGGCUUGCCAAAGAUCGGGAAGCCAGGUGUGAAAGUGGAGGGGCCCGAGGUGGACCUUCAAGGAAAACUGCCCUCAGCAAGUGUUGAUGUUUCGGCCCCAAGCAUCGGAGGAAGUAUGAGCGCUCCUGCAGUGGAUGUAAGCUUGAAAGGACCAAAAUUUGGAGGAGACAUGGGCCUUUCUGGUGACAUUAAAGGUCCAAAGAUCGGAUUUGGCACACAAGAUGUUGACGUCAGUGGUUUUGAAGGAAAGCUUAAAAUGCCAAAGGCCUCAGGCCUAGAUGUCAAUGUGAGUGCUCCAGACCUGGACGUGAAAGCGCCAACAGUAAAAAUGGCCUCUGGAGGAGGCAUUUCAGCGCCUGAUUUCGAUGUGAAUCUGAAAGGACCAAAGAUCAAAGGAGACUUCGGCAUUUCUGGCGGCAUUACAUCUCCCAAGGUGGCUGUCGAGGCACCUGACGUUAACGUGGAAGGCUCUGGAGUUGGAAUUAAGAUUCCCUGCAUGAAGCUGCCCCAGUUUGGCAUCGCCAGUGAAGGAGGAAGUAUUUCAGGACCACAGAUCAAAGGGCCUGAAGUAGAUCUCAAAGGACAUGACAUUUCUGCCCCAGGCUUUGACUUGAAUGUGAAAGGACCAAGUUUGAAAGGUGACGUUAACGUAUCUGGUGGCAUGAAAGGUCAACAGAUCGGCGUGGGGGCACCAGGUGUGAAGAUUUCUGGCAUGGGCUUGGACACUGGCGCUCCUGAUGUCAGCUUGAGAGGACCUUCGCUCAAUGUGUCAGCUCCCAAAGUUUCUGGGCCAGAGCUAAACAUGGGCAUGCAGGGGUCUGGAGGCCUUCAGUUUUCUGGACCAAAGGCAGGGGUUGAUCUCAAAGGUCCCAAAUUAGAGGUCAAAGGUCCUUCUGUUGGGGUGAAUGUUCCACACGGCCAUUUAGAAAGCCCAUCUGGACAAGUGUCGUUCCCCAAAAUGAAAAUGCCAAAAUUUGUGGUUGCGGGGCAAGAGCUAACAGGAAGGGAGGUUGGAGUUGAUGUUGAGUUCCCUCAGGCGCCAGAGGCAAGCUUCCAUGCCGGGGCGGUGAAUGUCGAACUGGAAGAGCCUGACAUUAAGCUUAAGAAAUCUAAAAUCAAAAUGCCAAAGUUCCCUUUCUCAAAAUCUAAGGUCAAAGGCAGCGUUGGCUCCCCAGAGAUCUCGGUGUCUGCCUCAGGGUGCGAAGGGGAGUUACAGGCCAGCCUGGGUUCCUUGGAGGGGGAUGUGGAAGUGGAAGGGUCUGCUUCUCCAAAAGGGAAGUUCUCCUUCUUUAAGGGCAAAAAGUCCCGGCACCGGUCGUCGUCUUUCAGCGACGAGCAUUCCUCGCAUUCGACGCCAACAGGCACACUGGAGCAUGACAAAGGCAAACAGGCCAAGCUGAAAUUUGGUACGUUUGGGGGGAUAGGGGCAAAAACUAAAGGUUCUUAUGAGGUAUCGGGAAGUGAUGACGAAAUGAAAUGAGUGGAGUGGGGGGGUUCUCGUGUACAUAUUGUCUCUGUGUGUAUAUAUCUUAUCUAUCUCCCUUAUAUGUGUGUAUAUACAAAUUUCCUAGCUUGAAAUGCUCAGCAAUAAAAACAGGGUGCCCAGUGAAAUGGUAGGCCUUAACUGAGAAAUAACCAUGUUUUUACUGUGGUCAGGGAGUCUUCCCAACAGGAUUAUCUCUUCCAUAGAUUAUAUGUAUAAAUAUCUCACAGAAACUGAUACAGCGCUUUUCUUUUUUUUGCAAAGUUCUUAAAGCAGUGAUAUGGCAGGUAAACUUGCAUCCCAGAAUGCAUUGCCGUACUUCCCACAAUGCACUGUGGCUGUAAUAACGGUUAUGUAGUGCCAAUUUUUUUUAAAAAGCGGCAACACACACAUAACACAGAAUGCUGCUUGGUGAAUCAGCUGUAUCAGUUUGAAUAAAACAGUAUCAUUUGUGCCAUGGGUAAUAAUGCCGAUUGUGUGAUGGGCACUUCUUCCGGCUACCAAUUUGAAAAGAGGUAGAACCUGGAUUUAUGUGAUAUUUAAAGCUGUGCCAUUAGGAAGGUGGGGUGUACAGUUCCUCAGAUGUAUUUUGGAAGUUCUCUCUUGUGUUUUAGGGUUGGGGGUUUGCGCUUCGUACGCUGAGAGCUUUAUGUUUACUUAAGCAAGCUUUUAAAAACAUAUAAAUAUAUAUACUUUUCGACUUGCUAAAUAUCUUCAGUGUUGAUCUAUGGCAAUUGUUUUCCAUUUCAAUGACUCCCCUCCCCCUCCUGCUUUUAUCUGUGGAAGGGGGCAGCUAAAAUUUUUCUAUUGUUUAAAAAUUGGAUGUGUUAAAAGAAAAAGAAAAAAAACUCUGUAAAAAUAUAUAGAUGCAACUGAGAUGUGUCAAAUUUGGGGCCUCACAAACAGUCUUACAUUGCUGCAGAAAGGUCAGGUUUUUUGUAUUCAUUUGAUACAGGACAGAUGUAAUAAAACACCCAUGGUAUAAUUUUCCAUUUUUGUCUGGUUAACAAAGUCACGAUAAAAUAAAUUAACCAAAGAUUUUGUGUACAUUCUGACACCAUCUUAGUCAUCUCUAUAUAUUUGUUAUUUUUGUAUAAUGAAAUGAAAGUUUUCUGAGAUGUGGAGCAAAAUUCUUCAAGGCCUUCUAUAUUCCCUCCCAACCUUACAGAUGCUAUUUGUUAUCUACUUCAUCUUUUUGUUUAACAAAUGUAUCUCGAUUUUAAAACAAAACAGUAAAAGGAAAAUCUUUUCAGCACUUUAAAAGCAAAUUAAUUGAGAAUAACUGAUAUUGUAAAAUGGAAAUAAAGUGUUUAUUAACCUUUUGA